AUGCACCAGGGGUAUCUCAUUCGGUGUGAGCGGCCCUCGGUUGGCGCCCAAGGAGAAACCGCCGCUGAAGCAGAACGAGCCCUGCUCAACACCUACGAUAGCGCUAGCAAGACAUCGUCUGACCCCCGAAUCCCCGACGACCGCCAGGCCGACGGCGGUGCUGACGCGAAGCAGCACCAUCAAGUCGCCACGCAACCUCCUGGCGUCUCGCCAGCGCCUUCUCCGGACCGCCACCGGGCGAGCACCGCCUUCGACCUGGCGAAUGAUCCUUCUCUCUCUUCCCAGAGUCCGGGUGGCGUCGCCAGUGGUUGCUGCUCCGAGAGCGGAGAGCCCGCGAACUCGGAGCACCCGCCAGCGGCUGUUGCGAUGGUGUUUGCGGGGUCCCGCUGUGACGGGGCUUCGGGCGGCGACCAGGAAGACGCGGCGGAUCUCCGGGCGAUGUCGUCGGGGCCGGGUAGCGCCCGUGGUUUAUCGGGGACGGCGCUGGAGCAGCAGCAGCUGCACGCGGCGGCGGCGGUUGGAGAGGCUACGGCGAUCGCUGCAGGUGAUGAAUCCGACGGUGAUAUCGGCGGUGGGUGUGACGAGGAGCGGCGCCGGAGUGUCGCUGUGGCCUGCCCCGAACACGCCUCGUCCUUCUCCACUGCCUUGGGCGACGAAACCAUCGUUGUCGUCGCGGAGGCAAGGGCGGCGGAGAAGGAGACGGGCGGAAACGAUAGUGUUGCGCCCGACGGCGAUAUGACGACGGGAGGAGGCGACAGCCCGGUGGUUUCCGCCACUGCUGCUGCUCAUGCAACUGCCACGGGCACGGAUGGCGACGGUGGCAGCGAAAGCAGCAGCAGCGGUAGCGAUUACGGCAUCCGCAUCGGCAAACGCGGUGGAAUUUUCCGAGGGCAGCUUGGGCGAACGUCAAUGCCCAGCAAGAGGAGAGUGAUUGUCGACGACGAUUUCGACGACGAUGGCGGGGGAAUAGUGCAUCCUGCGGAACCCCUGGACGUUUUAGCUUCCGAACCCUCGUCGGAGGAGGAGGAGGAGAAGGAAGAGGACGAGGACGAGGACGAGGAGGACGAGGAGGACGAGGAGGAGGAAAGUGAGGCGGGGGCGGAAAAUGAGGAGGGGGAGGGGGAGGAGAUCUCGGUGAGUGGGGUUGCCUCCGGCGCCAGGCUCACCGAGGCUGCCGAUGUCAUUGGAAGAGCAACAGGAGCCACCAGCAGCACGAUUGAGAAGAAGUCCAGCAGCCCCGGCAGACGGCGCCGCGUGCUGGUAGACGAAGAUUCGGACAGCAGCGAUACCGGGUGUGCUAUCUCCCGGGCUGCUACUGCUGGUGCUGCCGCUACGGUAAGCGACGAGGAUGAUUCCCCUCGUGAGGUGACUUCGGAACCGGUCGUGGACAGUCAUGGAGGACCUCACCUUGCCGAACCACGGCGGCGGAAGGGUGCGAGGGCGGCAGGGGCCGAAGUCAAGCAGAGGAAGCCUGAUGAUGAGUCUUUGGCACAGGGUGACGUCCCUCUAGAGGUCGAUGAGAGCUCUGCUGGCGGUAUUCCUGAUGCUGAUGCUGAUGCUGAUGCUGCUGCUGAUGAGUUUCAUGCAAGCAUUGACAUCGCGCCGAGCGACAGCUCUGACGGGGCCGGCAGCAAAAGGACCGCGAGCUUCGGCUGCGCUGGUGACGGCUAUCGCACAGUCGUUGACGAAGCCGGUUGUUCCAGCGGCGACGGGGGCUCGCUAGACGCCGCGGAGGAGUGGAACAUCGUCCCCAGGCCCGUGACAGCCGGCGACGCGAGCAGCGUCGAGUCUGGCAGGUGUUCAGGCGGUGCCUUGGGACGGGAGGCCCCGCCGCGAAAUAUCAGUGUGGGGGGGCACGACGACGAGGACGAUGAUAAUGACGUGGUUGAUGUAGGGAGAAGGCCGGGGGGAAGGGUCGCCAGGGGUGGCUCGGCGAGACGGCGGAAGGUGUUGGUGGAGUCCUCGGAGUCGGGUUCUUCCACACCGGGGAGUGAGGGGGCCCGCGGAGGAGAACGAGGCUUCGCCCCCCGUGGCCCUGUCGUCGUCAGCAGCGAGCCCCAUGAUAGCGGGACCUGCAGCGGUGGCGAUGCUGGGCGCGGUGCUACCGCUGCCGCAGCCGGAACGAUGCCAUCUCGCCGCCUUCGUCGCCAGGCGAGGAGGGUUAUCUCCGACGACGACGUGGAGAGUAGCGACAAUUCUACCCAGGAGGAGGACGUCCGAUUUGUGAGCGGUACCGAUAGAAAGAACGCAGAUAUCGGGGGGUUCUCCUACGUCGUCGAGAGCUUUUCUGAGGAUGAGGAAGAGGAGAAGGAGGAGGAGGAGGAGGAGGAGGAGGAAGAGGAGGAAGAGGAAGACGUAAGUGAACGUCAGCGAGCCACGGCGGGAAUAGCUCGGAAGGAGAAGCCCACUGCUGCUGCUGCUUCCUCGGCGCCGUCGGAGGGUGAAUGUUUCCACGACGAGGGCGAAGCGAUCCGACCCCGAAGACGACGAAGAGCUUCCGCACGUGGUAAGCGCUCUGCUGCCGUGGUUCUAGUCGCCGAUUCCCCUUCGUCUUCGGCCAGCAGCAGGACGACAGCCGGCGGCGUUUCUCCCCGGAGCGACCACAUCACUUCCAAACGCGACGACGGUCAUGACAUCGACAACGACGACGACGACGACGACGACGAUUGGUCUAUCGGCGCCUCUACCAGGUGUCCUAAUCUUGAUCGCCGUCGCAAGGUGCAGGAAGGCCCAUCCUCCGACGAAGACUCACUGCGUCCGUCUCCUGCCGCUGAGACGCCCGCGAAGAGCAGUCGCCCGGCGAAGUCCCGCAGGGCGGAGCCUGCCAAGGACAGGAGGGGUUGGCGACCCGCGGAAGGGAAAGCAGGGGGCACCGUGAGAAAGAAAGGGCGCGCUGAAGGCGGUGGUGUUGAUUCGGCUGCGGGAGGUCUGACCGGCGCUGCGUUCUCGAGGGCUAGAGACAGUGAAGACGCCACCACCGACAUUAACUUAUGCCGUCCCGUAUACCGCUUGCAUCUGUGCCGAAAACAAACCAACCCAAGCCUGACGGCCAAGUACUUCGCGGAGUUCAACGAGGGUGCUUUCGGGGGGGCCCUGUCCGACGUGAAGGUGGCCUGGAGCGCGCGCCUUUCGACCACGGCGGGGGUGACCAAGUCCCUCCGCCGGGUUAACCCCUCGGGGGAGGACUACGCCUACCUGUCCACGGUCGAGCUGUCGACCAAGGUUUUGGACAGCGAGGACAAGCUCCAACAGACGCUUCUGCACGAGCUCUGCCACGCCGCCGCCUGGGUGGUCGACCACAAGUCCAACCCCCCUCACGGGGAACACUUUUGGGUCUGGGCCAACCGCGCGAAGGCGGCCCACCCGGGGGUACCCAUCACCACCUGCCACAGCUACGCCAUCAACUACAAGUACCGCUACACGUGCGUGGGGGGGAGCUUGGCGGGAGGCGGCGGUAGUGGCUGCGAGAUCGAGGCGGGACGGUCAGGGGGUCUGGGUUGUGGAGCGGUGAUCGGUAGGCACUCCAAGUCCAUCGACGUGGCGAGACAGGCCCAGCGUCGAAAAAGCUUUGUCUUCAAUCCCUCAAGCGCCGGUUGCCCCUCCCAUCUCAAGGUUUGCGGCCGAUGCAAGGGGCGGCUCGUACUGUUCGGCACCCACGGCACGGACGGGAAGCUCAAGAAGCCGCGCGCGGCGACCGGGUUCAGCCUGUUUGUCAAGGAGCGAUACGCCGAGGUCAAGGGGGCUCUUCCCCCUGGCACCAAGCAGCAGCAGGUCAUGAAGGAGAUGUCGAGGCAGUGGGCAGCGCGCGGGAACGUUGGAAGUGCGGCAGGCGGCGGCAACAGCCUGUCCUCCACCGGUGCGGAUAGGACCGGAAAGGUUAACGCCAAGGCUAAGGCUCCGGGUGAUCGCGGCUGCGGCGCAGGAGCGGUUCCCCUUCUCGACAAGGAGAACGCCUCUUUCUUUGACCUGACGUGA